GGAGAAGAGGGCCCCCCUGGUAUACAGCCCAGAACGACUAACCCUCCCCACCGGACGGUCCCUGCAACAUAGAUGGCCUGGACCAGCUCACCCUUCCUUCCCACCGAGGGGAGAAAAAAUAUGGACCAAAAAAGAGCAGAGUCUUGGAGGAGGUGGAUAAAUAUGCACAUGCACUUCCCCUGACAGAAGAAGAUAAAAUGGAGAUUCUAAAUGUUCACAAUGAUAUAAGACAAAAAGUGGAGCCAUCAGCAGCGAACAUGGAAAAAAUGGUUUGGAAUGAAGAGGCCGCACUUAAUGCGAUGAACUUUGCAGCGAAGUGUAUAGAUGAUCAUAGCAAUGUGAAAUAUAGAGUAAUAAAACGUCCAAAUGUUCAUUCUUGUGGAGAAAAUUUGUUAUUUUCAUCUGCUAAGACUCCCUGGUCUGCUGUUAUCAAUGAAUGGGCAAGUGAAAAUGAGGACUUUACUUAUGGUGUCGGCAGUAAUGGAAACCCUGUUGGCCAUUACACCCAGGUGGUUUGGUGGAAUUCAGUGCAUUCUGGAUGUGGAGCCGCAAAAUGUGACAACUUGAAAUAUCCAUAUUUUUAUGUUUGCCACUACUGUCCAGCAGGUAAUGACUGGGAGAAUAGGAAUACACCAUACAAAUUAGGCCGAAGGUGCUCACAAUGUAACGGGGGUUGUGACAAUGGACUUUGUGUUUCAUAAUGAAGAUACAAGAGGAAGAAAGCAUCCAGAAAUAUAAUCCCGGCUCUUGUGUUGUUAGAUUAUUAUGCAAUGAAUUCUGUCAACACUUUAUGAUCAAUUAAAUGAUAAUAGUCCAAUAUCAAUGGAACAUUGUUAAAGAAAUUAUAAAUAAAUGUAUGGCUUUUAUCAAACCUUACAUACUACACCACACAGGAGAGAUCCUCUACAACAUCAUGGAUUUUGUUAGUAGACCACCAAGGCUAUGCACGUCCACUGUCGACACAAAGUUAAUUGUGUAUAAACCACAUUUAGUAUUUGACUAGAUCUUUUUGGGUUUAUCUCAUCAAGGGUAUACCCCAUUUGGGAAGUUGAAGAGGCCAGAGAUGACUCAGACUCACCAUAAAUUACAUGGUUGUAUAUACAUAUGAUGGGCGCAAUGUAAAACCAUCAUUCUUCUCCAGACACCAUAAAAACACUCUAUAGCCUAUUGUCUUUGUAUUGGACAAUAUCCAAUAUGCUUGCUAAAUUAAUAACUAAUAGUAAAAUGCACUAAAAUUAAUAUUCCAUCAAUAUAUUUGUUCCCUCUAAUCUGUAUAUGAUAUGUUUAGAUUAUUAUUUUGAUUUGUGGGGGGAAUGGGAUUAAAAUGUUCCCACAAUGUCAUAAUUAGAUAUUGCAAUAACUUGAAAUGUUUGGUUACAUCUACUGUAUGAAAUUCAGAUGCUUGAAGCAAGAAGUAUGACAUCGUCCUAAAGUUCAAGCAUCAUAUGGGUGGUAAAGUUUUAUGACAAAUCAAUAAUAAAGCUUUCCUGCAAUACCAUGCCUAACCACAUGGUGUGCUGUUAAAUGUUAUAUGCCUCUGCAAAAUACAACCAUAAUGCUAUCAUUAAUUUUUUUCUAGUAGUGGAAAUAGUUUUAGUCUUAAAAUAAUUCUUUCUGAUCUCGUAUUUAAUUGCAGCACAGGAAAGAAGA